AUGUCGCAGGUGAUGCCCAGUCCUCUGCUGGCAGGAGGCCACGCCGUCCGCCUGCCUCCCUGUGAGGAGCCCAGGAGGGUCCUGCACCCGGCACCCAGCCCCAGCCUGCCGCCCCAGUGUGCCUACUACACCACCGAAGGCUGGGGGGCCCAGGCCCUGAUGGCCCCCAUGCCCCGCAAAGAGCCCCCCAGCCGGCUCCCGCAGGCCCCACAGGCGGGAGCCAAAGCCAGCUGCCUCCUGCGGGGGCCCGGCGAGCAGCCCUCGGGGGCCCUGGAGGACCUGGACGCCUGCAUCGGCUUCUCCCUGGAGAGCCUCAACCAGAUGAUUCUGGAACUGGACCCCACCUUCCAGCUGCUCCCCGCGGUGGCUGGCGGCCCAUGGGCCGAGCCCGCCCAGAGUACCACCUCGCAGAGGAAGAAAGAAGAGCCUGAAGCUUUGGAUAUCAAGUACAUCGAGGUCACCUCCACCAGAUCGAGGUGCCACGAGGGUCCCCAGCGCUGCUCCAGCCCAUCUGCCACCCCGUCUUUCGGCUCCCCGCGCAGUGGCGGCCUCCUCCUCUCCAGAGACAUCCCCCGGGAGACGCGAAGCAGCAGCGAAAGCCUCAUCUUCUCCGGGAGCCAAGGCGUUGGACACCAGCGCCCUCCGCCCCCGUCCGGGGCUCUGUCCUCCCACCCCCCGCCCUCUCCCAGCAUCUCCAUCCCCUGCACGCGGAGCCCGGCCCCGGGCCCCCAUGGCUUUGGCUCCCCUGGGAUGGCUUCUCCAGGCGUGGAGAGGGGCCCAGGAGGCCCAGCCACACCCGGAGGCAACCGGGUUCCUGAGGUGUCAGCCCGCCCAGCGACUGACGUCAGCUACGUAUUCGGAAGCAGUCAGUCCCUCCUCCGCUCCAGCAUCUCCAGCCCACAGUCCUCUUCUCAGUCCUUGGAAAGCCCAGCCAGCUCCUCCUCCAGCCUCCACAGCCUCGGCCCAGCAUCCCCGUGCACGAGAGCCGGUGACUACCGGAUCCCUGGCAGCACCACCCCAAGCAGGGCCCAGCCCCGAGCAGCCUGCUCCCCGCCCCUGGCCAAGGAGCAUGCCAGCAGCUGCCCCCCCUCCAUUGCCAACUCCAUGGUGGACAUACCCAUCGUGCUGAUCAACGGCUGCCCGGAACCAGGGUCCUCCCCGCCCCAGCGGAUCCCAGGACCCCAGGACUUGGUGCGACCUGGGGCUGCUUCUGCCAGCAGCCCCUGUCCGGCCACCAGGAGCCACAGCCAGACCCUGCCAGAGGCCUCUCCCACCGCAUCCCCCCACGGCCCCCCCAGGGACAUGCAGCCCACCAUGAAAUUUGUGAUGGACACAUCCAAGUACUGGUUUAAGCCCAGCAUCACCCGAGAGCAAGCAAUCGAGCUGCUGAAGGAGGCGGCGCCGGGGGCCUUCGUGGUGAGGGACAGCUCUUCGUUCCGAGGCUCCUUCGGCCUUGCCUUGAAGGUGCAGGAGGCCCCCGCACCUGCCCAGAGCCGAUCAGGAGAGGACGGCAGUGACCUCGUCCGCCACUUCCUCAUCGAGUCGUCCGCCAAAGGGGUGCAUCUCAAAGGGGCAGACGAGGAGCCCUACUUUGGGAGCCUCUCCGCCUUCGUGUGCCAGCACUCCAUCAUGCCCCUGGCCCUGCCCUGCAGGCUCGUCAUCCCGCACAAAGAACUGGGAGGCGGAGAUGGAGCCUCAGACCCUGCCGCAGACGGCAGGGCCUCCAGCCUGAAGCGAUCUGCGGGCUGCCACGUUCUGUACCUGAGCUCUGUGAGCGUGGAGACGCUGACCGGAGCCCUGGCGGUGCAGAAGGCCAUCUCCGCCAUCCUGGAGAGGGACGUCCUCCCCACGCCCACCGUGGUCCACUUCAAGGUCACGGAGCAGGGCAUCACCCUGACCGACGUCCAGAGGAAGGUGUUUUUCCGGCGCCAUUACCCCCUCAGCACCCUCCGCUUCUGUGGCAUGGACCCCGAGCAACGGAAGUGGCAGAAGUACUGCAAGCCCUCCUGGAUCUUUGGGUUUGUGGCCAAGAGCCAGACCAACGCCCAGGAGAACGUGUGCCACCUCUUUGCGGAGUACGACACGGUCCAGCCAGCCUCCCAGGUCAUCAGCCUGGUGGGGGCUCUGCUGCAGGACACGGAAAGGAUGUAG